AUGGCUCGUCUAUCCAUUACUAUUUCCUUCAUCCUCUCCCUCUGUGUCCUUAUUUUCACCACCUCAUCUCUCGCAGAGACCGACCGUGAAUGGGCCCAAUACCAAGCCCAAUGCCAAUACAAAUACCCCACCAUCAAUCCCGCCAUCGACCUCCUCUGCUCCCGCAACCUCCACCUCCCCGGCGUCGUCGCCUCCAUCGGUCAAAACUUCGACCGCACAAACAAAGUAGCCAUCGUCCCCAACCCCCAAUGUCUCAAAGAUGGCCGCAUGAACCAGAACAGCAAUGUUUGGAUCCCUGAGUAUUGGUGCAGAAGACAAUUUUGGAAGGUUUGCGCGCAGGGAAAUGAUAGGGGAAGAGGCCAGCAGAUUUUCGGUGGCAGAGGGUGUCAGCAGUUUUAUAUCUCUGAUUGGGGGAGUUCUAUGCCUAAGAUUGUUAUUGCCAACUGA